AUGGCCGCCUUCUUGGCCAUCAACGUCGAACCCGAAGAGAACAUCGACGAGGAGGUCGACACAACCAAGGACCUGCAGGUCGAUGAUGCCUUGAAAUUAUUCCAGAAUGCCCUCAAGCUCCACUCGCAGGGCCCGCAGUUCUUCGAUCAAGCCGCCGACGCGUACGACGCCCUUUUCGAGUCCGAGGUGUUUCAAUACCCAGAAAGCAAAACUGAUUUCGAACGGUUCGAGGCAGGCCAGGAUGGGACCUUGGCGAUCGAGCCAGCCUUUGCGCAGGGACUCCCGCCCCUUGGCGCCGACGUUGAUGGUAUUGGUAGCAGCCUUCCCCAGGCGCUCUACUUGUCGCACAAAAACCAUGGCCAAUUCGUCAUUGAUCGCAUCAAAUACCGGGCGAAAAAAUCAUUAGCGCAAAAGGAGGAUCUGCUCAAGGACGCCGAUGUCUUGAAGGAUGCACACCGGGCACUGGAGGACUUCUGCGUUGCUCUGGACCGCGACCCCUCAGAUGCCGAACUCUGGAGGAAAGUCGGCAGGGUCGCCGCAUUUUUGAAGAGCACCCGCGUCAGCCGGUACAGUCUGGAGGCUGCCAUUGAGCUAGACGAUGACCCGGCAGUUGAGGAAAUCGAACCACCCUCUCUAGCCGAGGGUUUUGCCGGCGAACAACUCAAGCAACAGCUUCGAGUUCUUGGUGAUGAGAUGGCAUUGAGUCACCCCAUCAUGAAGCCAUUUGUGGAGGGAGAAAUACCCCCCUAUCUAACUCGAUUCAUGGAUCCAAUGCCGUUCCUACCCAAUCCGACGAAGAAUCUGGCAGCAUCCGAGCCUCAUAAGGGAGACAUUGAAACCCCUCGCAAAGACAUCUCAAUAUCAAACCUAUCGUGGGCUGAGCUGGGCGCUGCUAUUGUGUGCUUUGUCGCCGAAGAAGGGCUUGUCGGCCGCGCCAUCUGGAUCCAUGCGCCGGCCACAGACGAGGACGAAGAGGAUGUUCAGAUGGAGAUCGAUAUGCAACUGCAACUGCAACCCCGGGAGCUCUCCCCUUCCCCGGGUACCCAAGAAGAAGCUGUCAAGACAGAAGAAGCGGCCGUGGAUCAACCGAACGAAGAGGCACUGGCAGAAGAGCCAUCUUCCGCUCCGAUCGACAGCACGCCAACCGAAGAACAAUCAUCUAAAGAGCGUGGAAACUCGGGAGCAACCAGGAAACGAUCGCAGUCUGUGGCAGGUAUUCCGGAUGCCAACGAAGAGGAGACAGCCGAUGUAAAAAGAAGCAAAAGAACCAGGCGGCGGGACACUGCUGCUGAAGAAGCCAUGGACUCGGCCACAUUUCUUGCAACAAAGCUGCAACCUUUGCAAGCCGCCGAUCAAAAUCUAUUCCAGACCACCAAGAACCUUUUGGAGAACGUCGGCGUAACAGACCAAGUGACGUUGGGGAGGAUCGCCGAGGUCCUCGACUCGUGUGCCGCAGACGAUCGAAUGGGUAAGAUCCAGAAUCAGGCCACAGUCGACCUCCGGGAUGCGAUAACGCAUUUCGACCAAGACACCGGGGCGGUUUUGUUAAAUAAACGAGAGCUCCCACAACUCAGCCUUUCUACCUUUCUUGAGCACGCAAAGUCUGGCUCGCAACGCGCUCAAGAGACGCCCGCGUUUGACGACUCUCGAGGGCUCCGCAGUUUCGUGGAGGGCACAAAUCGCAGUUGGCACACGAUACACGACGUCGCUUACAGAUACAUCAAGCUUUUGGGCAGGACGUACAUGGAGCAGAAAUGGAGCGAUCAGUUGAGGACAGCCGUCGUUGAUGUGGUCACCCAGCUUGAUGCUAGCAUUUAUGACGGCUUUCUCCACGACCUCGAGACUAGCCUCAAUGAUGACCACAGAAACGUAACGGAUGAACUUGCCAGCUUUGCUCAGAUGCUCUUUGAGUUGCAUCUCGACAUCUGUGACCACGCCAUGGAUUCCAACAGCGCGACGGACCCGGGCGCUAGAUCAGAAGCAAAGCAUCGGGUAAAUAGAUGGAUGGGACUUGCCGUUGAGCUCACCAGGCAACGUGACCCCAAACCAGGCGACCCCCUUGCGCUUCGCCUUCUGUGGGCAUCAGUGUCCUCAACAACAACGGCAAAUGGCGCGCCACGAGACCAUAUCCUUAAUUGCUGGCACAGCCUUCGUGACUUUCUCGCCGAGUCUACGACGGUUGAACUCACUCUUCCGAACAACUCUACUGUAGCGGAGAUCUCUGCGGCUGCUGCUGAUCGCGAAAUAUCCAAGUUAACCACCAUGGACUUUUUUCUCGGCCUGUUUCAGGAGGACUCCGGGGACCCAGUCUCGGUCAUUGAGAGUCUGGAGCCAGUUCUCAACCCAGAGGCGGUUUACAUCGACAUCUCCCCCACGCCAGAAACAAGUGGUGCCAGCUCCGAUUCUGCAGACGGGAAACAACGCAGGAAGCCCAUCUCGGAGUGUGCCAGCCAAGAACUCAUGGAUCUGUGGAAGUUCUUGAAAAGCAGUAGCACAGAGCUCAGGCUAUUGCUCUGGUCUCGACUAGGUGAAGCCUACGGGAAGUUACAGUACACCACGAAACAGUUUUCAUGUUUUCUCCGAAGUAUCGAGGCUGUUGUCGCUGAUCUUGAGAGCGACGACUACCUCCAAUCACCGGACGAACCGAGGAGGACCCAGUUCAUGAGCCUGCUCAAAGCCCUGGAUGACCUGAUUAUCCAGUCACUACACCUAGCAUUAAACGACAACAGCUCCUUCGACGUCAUUGACGAUGAUCACCUGAGAUCAAGCAUGUCUGCUCUGGCCAAGGUCAGCUGUUUACUCCACGUAGCUGCAAUGUAUGAGGAUGAGACGCGGAUUGGGAUGAAGCCGCCGAUCGCGAACAACUCAGAGCUAAAAGCGUUCUUGAACAAACUUCAAGAGAUGCAGGUACGAGCCUGGUCACUCCAGUACACCAUGCUCAAGGUUGGCGUCAAUCAGCAUGCCGAACUGUUCCCGAAACCCGAGAAUGAUCUAGCCGAUUACCUGGCCGCGGUGCACCAGGUGUUGGGACUCCGCAAAUGCUGCAAGACAUCCAACAAGAUUUUUCUCAAGAUGAUGCGCGUGGAGCUGCUCAAGCAGAGGAACAUUGACAACUGGGAAGACUACCUUGGCCAGGUGCUUUACGACUUGCAUGGUCUAAAGCUUGGCGUCGGCGUCUGGGAGGUACAGGACCACGGCUGUGAGCCCGAAAACUUGGAGAAACGUCAGGCUUUGCAGCUAGUUGAAAAGAUCACCAUGCUUGCAAACCGGAUGUCGAUGAAGGAUCUGCUCAAGUCUGACCUGAAGACAACGAUCGAGCGAAUGCAGCAGGCGAUCGGGUCGGCCAAGUCAAGCCCGCAGAUGGCACACAACCUGCGUAACUACUCAGAAUACCUCAAAGCGCCAAUCCACCCAUUGCAUCUCUACCAGGCGUUGACCGGCAGUGUCGAUCUGGACGCCGUGACCAUCAACACACCAGAGAGCGCCCCGGCCAAGCAAGGGUGGUUCUUCCUCUUGGGCAUGAUUGCCCUCACAAAAUUCAAGGGCGUUGAUCUGAACCGGCGGCAAACACCGGGUGCUACGGACGACCUGCGUAUCGGGGCUACGUUCCUUCGACUCCAGCUCCAGUACACCCCAGAUCGCUGGGACGCCUGGUUUCGUCUGGCGGAGUGCUUCGACUACGAAUUGGAUGAGUCCGUGCUUUGGACCGCCGACAAAAUGAACAAGGAGCGCGCAGAGCUCCUCAAGUUCCAACGGAACGCCAUCCACAGCUACAUCAUGGCUUUGUCCCAUUCGUACGCCUGGGCGUCUGACCCGGCUGCCCUCACAUCCCUGGAGGACGACGAGGAAGCGCUGUACGACAUGUACCAUGAGUUCGGCAUGCGCAUGUACUCGUCCAGCCGCGGGCCGUUUGCUAUGGAGCCCUUCCAGCACGAGGAACAGAAACGGUUCUUCAUCGAAGCCGAAGGUGCCGGAACCUAUAAGAAGAUCCUGCACAACGAGAUGACGGACUAUCAGGUUUGGAAGUUUGCCGCCCACCUGUUCCGCAAGGCCAUGCCCGCGAGACCAAAGGAUUGGAAGAACCCUUACAUGGUGGCCAAGUGCAUCUGGAAGAUGUACCAGAAACCAGUCGAGGAACUCGAUGAGAAGAACCGUCGACACCAUCCCACGGUGAACACGGUAAUUGAUGCCCUUGAGAAGACGAUCGAGGUGGUGUCGCUGUUACCAAAGCCGAGGCACGGCCAGGAUCCGAUUCUCGAGCCCCAUUACAAGAUUGUCUCAGUCGUUCACAAGCUCGUCAAGCGAGGCGACCUUGAUAUCCAAACGGCAGCAAACAUCUUGCAACAGCAGCCGUACGCGCCAGACCGCGGGCAGGAGGUUUCGGUCGAGAACGCCGAGGAGUGGAAGGCCUACGUGAUCCGCUGUCUGCGGUAUCUGCGGGACAAGGACAAAUCGAAUUGGCAGCACCGAAUCAUUGUCCGCCACGCCCACGUCUUGUUUAACGAAGAUCCCAGUACCAAUGAAGAACGCGAGGAGGCCGCCAAGGCCGCCUUCAACGUGCUCCGAGAGAGCAUGUUCACCAAGACAAUGGUCAUGAACGUGUGGAAGUGUGACGCCGAGCGACCCGGACGACAUCACGUCUACACCGAGCAAUACAUCCGGUUUGUCGUCCGCCUUCUCGAUGUCAUGAAAGACCGUGUCAACAUGGAGGCCGUCUUACGCCGCAUCCGCAAAAAGGGCGCCGACUUUUACCACUUCAACGAGCUCUGGCAGUUCUGCGUCGUCACCUACGUCAAGCUUCUCCAGCAGACUUUCGAAGUGCCCCCGGCAGAUGAAGACGCCUUCAAGUCCCUCACUCCUGAUGAGUUCGAUCUCAUUGGCGAAAGGAUCACUGAUUGGUCAACCACGCCCGCGGCCGAGAAUAACGCCGCUCUCACAGCCAUGAAAGAGGCCGUCGAAAUCAAGAAACUCAACUCCAACCUUAUGAAAGCGGGUCCCAUCGACGACCUCAUUACUGACUGUUACUCCACCAUCUAUCUCCAUCUCAAACCCGAUAUGUCAGGGCCCGAGCAACAGCAGCAGCAGCAGCAGCCACUCGGAGCAGUCCCAUCCUCCUCCGACACUACCACCGGACCAAAACCAGACGACCUCAAAUCCAAACUCCUCCACACACUUGUCACCCGCGACCGUGACACCAACGACACAACCCCAUCCGUCCUUGGCUCGCUACGGGCGGGCUCCGAACAGCCCGACCGCGACCGAUCAGAGCGGCACUCGGUCGCCGGCGACCUGCCCGGGAACGCUAGAGGCCGUGCGGGCGCGGGUAUCCGAAGGCCGAAUAUCCUGCGCAAGGCCGAACAAGCCGUGCAGGCCGUGCUACGCGCGGCAGAGGCGGCGCCGCGAUCAGCUGGUGGGGCUGGCGGGAGUCACGGUCCUGGCGGGUCUUCGAACGGGAAUGGUGGAGGGGCUAGUGCGGGUGCUGCGAAGACGGGCAGGACAAGAUCCCGAAUGGGCAGUAUCUCGAGUGCGCGGGCGACGGUGCGUGGUCUUGCGGAGGGGAGCGACGACGAGAGUGGACAUGAUGAUGAAGGGGAGGAUGAGGAUGUUGAGAUGAAGGAUGCGGGCGACGACGACGAAAAUGGGCGCCGUGCGGCUGGGGGUGGUGGUAGCCUUGGUGGUGGUAAGGGCAGGCAAGGGGGCAGUGACGUCUCGAGCCCGCCGGGCAGUGUGCACGACUCGGCGGAUGACGAGAGUGAUCUGAGCGAUGUGCCGGCGGAUUAUGAGGAUGAUGUCCCACCGUCGCUGCUGUUUCCUAAUUUGAGACGGAGUAUGGAUGCUGGGAUUGCGGUUGAUGGAGGUGUUGGGGAUAGCACGGAUGAGGAAGAGGAGGAAGAGGAAGAAGAAGAUGAGAGUGAGAGUGGGGCUGAGCAGGGUCAUCAAGACGAGACGGUGAUUGAGGGUGGAGGUGAACACGAAGAAGGCGAGGAGGAAGAUCACGAAGCUGGGGACGGCGACGGCGACGUUGAGAUGGGGGAUGCCGGCGAUACAGAGGCGGAGCACGAGGACGAGAAGGAGGGUGUGGAAGAAGCGCCUGAGGAACACGAAGGAGACAUAGAUGAAGAAGAGGAGGGUGAAGAGGUGGGCGAAGAGGAGGAAGAAGAAGAAGACGAUGAAGACGAUGAGAGUGGUGACGAGGCGGAGGAGGCUGCUGAAGAGGAUGAGGCAGAGGAUGAGACAGCAGACAUUUCAGUAAGCGGGCCAGCCCUCCAUGCCGCAGAUGACGCCGAGGCGACGGAGGAAGAUGAUGGGGAGGAGGAUGAAGACGACGAUGAAGAGGAAGAAGAGGAGGAGGGGAAUUAG